AUGGAUAUCACUUUGACUUUUAAAGAUCCUCAAGAAGAAAUCAAUUAUGGAAUUUAUUCACACAAAAUAGACUUUAAUUUAUUUAGAAGACUUCUCUACAGUAUGUUGCUUGGGUCUUUUUCAGGGUCUAUUUAUUUUCUAAUUAUUGGAAACUAUUUAUAUAUUACUUUGGGCAGCUACAUGUUUAUUUAGACAAUUAUUGCUAUUUUGCUUUCCAAAAAAUCCAUUUAAUAUCUUAAUAUUGUUGCUCUAGUAUAUCAGAUCGAAAUUUAAACACUGUUAGCUACCCUAAUUACUUUAUUAGACAGCUCUUUGCAUCGAGGCACCAUAAUGAUGAUCACCACUGCUGCAUUUCAAAUGUCAGUGUGGUAAAUUUGAUAUAUAAAAGUCUUUAGCUUAUCCAUAGGGACAAAGUGUACUUUGAAACUUCUAGUGAGCCUAUAUUCAACCAUAAUUUAAUUAGUACUUAGUUUACUUAUUGAAACAGUAAGUCUUGUUUGGAUAGGAUUUGCAUUCUUCUCUUUAUUGUUUGCCUUUCAAGUGACAUAUUACUAAGAAUUUGAAAAGAGAUAAAAGUAUACUCUACACUAAAAUGCUUAAAAAAUAAAAGAGAAUUUAUUAAAUCAAAUUGAAAUACCCAUUCUUAAAUGUAUCAGUAAUGAAAAAGAUAUUAAAUUGAUUUAUUCAGAAUCUAAUAAAUGUGCUUAGACUACACUUAGAAUUGCUGAUCAAAACAGUUUUAUCAAAUUCACUAGAGAUGUUAUAAUUUUAGAAGGUAAAACUACAUCAAUAUUAACAAAAUAAUCAUCUACUUUGUAAUUCUCAGGAAAAUAAAAUUUGGAAUAAUUGAUUCAUAGAUUUUUUAAAAAACAAGUUGGAGAGGAUUCAAUACUUCAUAAAACUUUUUAGGCUUAUAGAUGUAGAGUUAAACACUUAUCUUAAGAAUAUUUGUGUUAACUAAUAUUAUUACAUGAAGAUUAACCAUUAUGUGUAAUAUAUCUAUAAAAAACUUAUGAUGAUUUUAUUGUAAAAACUAAUGAAAAAAUGAUUGUUUUAAAUUAAUUAUUAAAAAGAUGUGUUAAAGAAAAUUUUGAAAAAAUUAGUACUUAAUAAGAAUGUAUAUCUUUAUUAUAUAAAAAUUUAAAGUAAAACAAUUUAAUUGAAAUCAUAAAUAAAUUAGCUUAAGAACUCUUUUCAUUAAAUAUCUAUUUUGCUAAUUGUAAAAUAUUGUUUAAUUCAUAAUAUUUACACUUUUCAACCAAAAAACAACAUAAUCUAACAGGUCUUAUUUAAUCAAUAGUAUUCCAUUUUAAACAUUCCUUAUAAUUUAAAUCUAUUUCUGUAUCUCUUAAAGCAAAAUCUGAUAUUAUAGUUGAAGAAAAUGAAAUUCUUAUUAGAUAAUUACUUUAUAACAUAAUUGAGAAUGCUAUUCAUUUUGCUAAAGAUAAAAUAAAGAUUGAAAUUAACUAAUUUUUUGAUAGCAAUAUUAAACAUUAAAUUGUAGAAGUUAAAUUUAUUAAUUCUAUAGAUUAAAGUAAUCUAAAAAAUAAUAAUGAUAAUAAAUAAUUAAGAAUGGGACAUUUGGUUAUAAAUAAGAUUUUAAAAUUAAUAAGCCCAUACUCUUAAUUAUAAAUCUAAUAAGAUGAAAGUAAUUAUAGUGUAAAGUUUUAUUUGUUUCAACAAUUUUGAUUUUUGUUAAAUAUAAACUUUAUAUAAAAAUAAUUUAACAUAUAUUUUAAUUUAAAUAAUAACUGAUUCAAUCAUGAUAAAAAGAAAUAGUACAAGUAGAGUACCAAAAAUAGAAAUUUAGACAGAAUUAUUGUCUAUUAAAUUAAUCUAACAUAAUCCAAACAUUAAUUUUGACAAAUAUGAUUGGUGUCAAAAGUUUUCAGAAAUUAUACAUGCUGAUAAAUUGAAAUCUCAAAUUGCUGUUUCUAAUGACAAAGUAUCAAUUCUCAAAGGCAAAAAUAUAUAUUCUUGGGGAGUUAUUGAUAAAUCAUUUACUUUUAAAUAAGAAAAAUCAGAUAUCCUAGAUACAAUUACAAUUGAUUCAAGAUGUUUCAUUUUAGAUAAAGAUAAAAAAGUUUAUAAAUCUAAUGAUAAACAAAUAUUAUUUACAAAUGUUAAAGCAAUUAGAAACUUUUAAAAUGCCUUAAUACUUCUUACAAGUGAUAAUCAAUUAUUGGAUGAGAAAUAAAAUAAACUCAAAUAAAAUAUUGAGGAUGUUUAAAGUAGUAAUGAAUUCUUAGUUAUUUAAACAAAAAAUAAUAUCACUAUAGCUGGAAAGUUUCCUUUUUAAUAAAUUUUUGAUGUAAAAGCAAUGAAAAUUUCUUGUGGUUUAUAACAUGUUAUGUGUCUUUCAUAAGAAGGCUAACUUUAUAUUUGGGGAGAAGGUAAAUCAGGAUAAAUUGGAAAUGGAUCAUUAAAAUAAUAGUAAUGGCCAUAACUUGUAAUGACUAAUGUCUAAGAUAUAGCUGCUGGAACUGAAUCUUCCACUUUAUUAAAAGCUAAUAGAAUUUACUAUUGUGGAACCAAUGAAUUAAUUAAUAAAUAACAUACAUUCAUUCCUUAUUAAUCAGAUUAUAUUUUUAUUAGGAUUUACUCAUGUUGGAGUUAAAUUAUGGAUGUUUAAUAUGCACAUUAUGUUGAUUUUGAUUAAGAAUUAUAUGAAGAAUUAAAUAAAAUAGUAAAAUAAAUAGAAGAUGAUGAUUUAUUAUUACCUGAUGAAAAUUUAACCAGAUAAACAAAAGCUAUGAGUACUCAUGAAUCACAAAUGAUAAAAAAACCACUUCCACCUUAAAUAUUUGGAUAAUAAACAAAAACAUCAACUAAUUCAAGUAUAAUAAAAAGCAAAAGUAAGACACCUUAAAAAAAAUUAAAAUUUUAAUUAGAUUGA